AACAAGCGAGGAGGGAGGAGAGAGAGUGUGGAGUGGGAGAGCGUUUUUUUUCCUGAGAGUUCGUCAGACUCUGGUGAUGGUCGGGAGGGAAAAACACAAAUGCUUUAUUCUCAGGGAGCUUUUGACUGAGAUCCUUUAAGGGAGGGAGGUGAAGAGAUGCAGGGAGGUUCCUGUUAACCUAAGACUCUUAUUUUGUCACCGACCCCUGAAUAAACACUGCGUUGUGAUGGGGACCGUGAGUGAGCUGUGUGCGUCCAGCUUCCAAGCUUUUCUCUGCCCUACUGUACGAGCAGGAGCAUCUGCUGCUGCAGCCUCAGUGCCUGAUGACCUGAGUCCAGAGGAGCAACAGGAGCUGGAGAGCAUCCGCCGCAGAAAACAGGAGCUGCUGCAGGACAUACAAAGGCUGAAGGAUGAGAUAGCAGAGGUGACCAAUGAGAUUGAAAGCCUGGGCCUGACUGAAGAGAGGAAAAGCUUGCAGAGGAACAAACAAAUGGCCAUAGGCCGAAAGAAGUUCAACAUGGACCCCACAAAGGGGAUUCACUUUCUGACAGAAAGCUCGCUGCUGAAAAACACCAGCGAAGAUAUCGCACAGUUCCUCUACAAGGGAGAGGGGCUCAAUAAGACGGCCAUUGGUGACUAUCUGGGGGAAAGAGAUGAGUUCAAUAUCAAGGUUCUGCACGCUUUCCUGGAGCUGCACGAGUUCACGGACCUGAACCUGGUUCAGGCGCUCAGGCAGUUCUUGUGGAGCUUCAGGCUGCCCGGCGAGGCCCAGAAGAUCGACCGUAUGAUGGAGGCGUUCGCCCAGAGAUACUGUCACUGCAACCCCGGAGUGUUUCAGAGCACAGAUACUUGUUACGUGUUGUCGUUCGCCGUGAUCAUGUUGAACACCAGUCUACACAACCCUAACGUAAGAGACAAACCCUCAGUUCAGAGAUUCACUGCCAUGAACAGAGGAAUCAAUGAUGGAGGAGAUCUGCCGGAGGAUCUACUCAGAAACCUCUACGACAGCAUCAAGAACGAACCCUUUAAGAUCCCAGAGGAUGAUGGGAACGACCUCACACACACCUUCUUUAACCCUGACAGAGAAGGCUGGCUGCUGAAACUUGGUGGACGUGUGAAGACCUGGAAGAGACGCUGGUUUAUUCUCACAGAUAGCUGUCUCUACUACUUUGAAUACACCACAGAUAAGGAACCCAGAGGGAUUAUUCCACUGGAAAAUCUGAGUAUCAGAGAAGUUGAAGACUCAAAGAAACCGAACUGCUUCGAGCUCUUCAUCCCCAACAAUAAAGAUCAGGUGAUCAAAGCCUGCAAGACGGAGGCAGAUGGCCGAGUCGUCGAGGGAAACCACACGUUUUACAGGAUCUCUGCUCCAACUGCAGAGGAGAAGGACGAAUGGAUCAAAAGCAUCAAGGCCGCCAUCAGCAAAGACCCGUUUUAUGAGAUGCUGGCAGCUCGGAAGAAGAAGGUCUCCUCCCUGAAGGGGCUGUAGGGCUGAAACACAUGAAGAACCAGCUCAGGUCAGCUGGAGGUGGACCUGUUGUUCCAGCUGCAGUCACACCAAGACCUGCUUUAGAGGAUUCACCCUUCACCAUAUGGCUCCUCUGUUACUUUCUGAAUGGACCUGUCUUCAGCACUGACAAUCCCCCCGAUUCUUCACGUUUGACCCAAACUCCAAGCAGCUGAAAUCAGUCACAAGUCUGGAUGUAAAUGGCUGGAAGUCAUAUCAGUACUUGGACUGUUCCCUUUGACUCUGACUAAAACUACAAAUCUGCUGUUGAAAUGAGUCACAUUGACCCGCUGAGUUUUUCCACACAGUAUUUGGUCUGUUUCAGUACUGCAGGACCCUUCGAAUGUGUCUCCAGGAGAGAAAUGACCUAAAACCUUAAUUUUCUACAACUAGAAUCAAACAAGGAGGAUUAAAAAAAGAAUUUAUCAAAUGUUGCCAAAAUAAAAUCCUGAUCUGUAAUAUCUCAUCAUGCUGUACAUUAGUGACCAGGUAUGUUUGUAAAUUUUGUAAAUUGACCCGAUGAAGGAAUCUACAGCCAAACGGAUCAUCAUGAUGCAGCCUGGACCUUCAGUUUGACCUGGUUUGCUGUUCACCAAGCCUAUUUUCUUACUGCUGUUGGUCUGCUGUCAGUGCACUGUUUAAAUGGAUUUAAUGCUUAAACAGUUUAAUAUUUAUUUAUCUAGAUUUCUUGUAAUUUAUUGUUUUCCUCACAUUAAAAAUUUGCACACAAAAAAAAAAA